AUGUUAUCGCCUUCCCCCAGAAAGUCGGGCAAGAAGCCGGACGAGGGCGACAGGGGCGCCAGAGCCAGCAGUUCGGGCACCCCGGACCCCAGCGGGGGCAUUUUGGACGAAGUACGAAAGAGAGAGCUCGGAAACGCCGUCUCCAACAGCGUUCUAUCGCCACACAACUCGGUGUUUGAGGCGUUGCACAACCCGGACUUGAACAGAGGGGUGGACUUGACGAGCAUCAGGUCGAAGGUCGUUGGCGGCGGCGGCGGCGGCCAGGGGCCGCACACGGAGGCCCCCGAUCCAGACCGGAUCGCAAGCCCCGGCACGGCCGGGUCGCAGCUCCACUUCCAGUUCAGCAACCAGCACGACUUCAGCGACAAGAACAACUUGGAUUUCUCCAUCACCUCGUGGCAGAACGUGUCUUCGUACUUCAGCCCCAACGACGAGACCCGCUCCAGCUCGCGGGACUCCAACACCCAGUUCCCCUUCAACCUCACCAGCAACAACAACAGCAACAUCAUCUCCUCGGGCAACAACAGCCCUUACCUCAAGCACGAAGACACCUUCUGCUCAAACUCCCCCAACAGGGUGGACAGCCCCAACGUGGCCUCGAUUCUCUCGUGUUUCUCCGGCCAGGAAGACCAGAGAUCUGUCGACGACAACCCCAUCGUGGAAAUGAAAACCCAGGUGGAUCUGCCGCACGAAAACAUAACCUCGGAAUCGGAUCCCGAGGUGGACCACACUGUCGACUCCUCCACAAUCAUAUCCUCCUUCGUAAUGCCACGCGUAUCCAUCCAUUCCAAUCUGACUGCCUCACAGCAGCAACAACAGUUACCUUCUCACCAAUCCACCUCGACCUCCUCCUUAUCUCCAACCUCUUCCAACCCCGCCCUCAUCUCCAGGUCAACGUUAAAUAUUAGAAUAGUCGGAGAUAGAGAUAACUCUCUAAUGAGCAGAUUCCAGUCGUACAAAAAGACAUUCACAAAUAUAGACUUUUUUGUUACUAAUUGUGAAUCCACAGAUUUGAUUCUCUUGGUUCUUGAUGAUGACAAUUACAUGUUACCCAAAAUUACUAAAACUCCCUGUAUACCUAUUACCUUGUCCAAACAAGCACUAACUACCGCAACGAAAAUUCCAAAAUACUUGAAACUUUGUGAUCCAAUAGAACUAGAAUCUUUGAAUGACGAUUUGAUAAUCUUAGUCGACUUCCUCAGCAACAUCAAUGAUUUGGGUACUUGGAGAAUGUUUUUAUCAGCCUUCCCCGUCAAAAGCAAUCAGCAUGACAUCAAUGACAUCAAUUCAAGCUUGAUUGAAUUUCAUUCCGGGAACAAAUCUGGAUCAGAUGCUUCUCUCCUAUCAAUGAAGAAAAGUGGGCAUGCUUCAAACAAAGACAAUAACAAGCAGCCAUAUAAUGCUUUCAUUAUUGCUGGAGUUGCUGUCGGACUAUUGUCAAUUGGAAUCCUUUUUGUUUGGAAAAAGUUGGCUACUAAAGAAUUUGUUCAACAAAGUCCUACAAAGCAAAUCUCAGAUUUGUCUUAUCAACCCAUAGCAGAUGUAAACAAUGAUUCCAAAUUAUCCCUGGAUCAGUAUUUGUUUUCAAAGCUGAGGUCAAUUGCAAUCGGCAUUGAGUCUUGGGGAGAUGUUGUGUUUUCACAGGGUGUAUUUUUAUUUCAAAAGGCAAAAUUGGUAUUGAUUGAACUGUUAAAUUUUUAG